CUCUGCAGCCCAAGGCCAUGGCCACAGCCUUCGCACUCUUUGCCAGCGUCCUGCUCCCCUGCUGCGGGGCCUUCCCGCAGUUUAAAAGGGGGCUGCUGAAGAUGAACGGGGCUCGGUGCUCCCACCACUCUGAGUGCUACAGUGGCUGCUGCCUCAUGAACUUGGACUACGGUGGCUCCUUCUGUGCCCCCAAAGCCAGAAGGGCCAUGGUGUGCUUGCCUCAGACCAAGGGAGCCACCAACAUCAUAUGUCCCUGCCAGCUGGGCUUGGCUUGCGUAUCCAAGGACCUGAACUGUCCCCGCCGGUGCCAUUUGAUUUAGAGGAGGAUGCAGGCUUUUUGCAGCCAUCCUCCCUCCCUCCCCUGGGGCCGGGGCCUUGGGAGUCCCCACCUUGUUCAAAAUCCAGCUCCUGAAACAUUAAAGUCA